AAACAUCCCUCGGUUGGAGGAAUUUGUGUCAAAUAUCUAGAUCAUUAUCAUUUUAAUAAUUUUGUUAUUAAUUUAACAAAAAAAAUUUCACUCGUUAAAUCGUUUGUACAACUAUAAGGCGUUCUCCACCCCGCAUCUUUCAGCUGAAGAAGUGAAUAUCGAACGUACCCUCGUCAGUGCAGCGACGGUAAGUGCGUCUGCUGACUAGCGUCUGUACGUCCCGGAGGCCCGGGCGGGGAGGAGGAGUAAAGACGAUUCAAAACAACGAUGGGAGAAGUUUGUGAGAAAACCUCAUGGCUUUCUGUAGUUUGGCGAUUAAGUAACAUUUUAAUGUCUGUGUUCUUUACUCUGGCUUCCUAUGUGCAGAUCAAUGAUCCAGACGCAGGUUUAUGGGUGGUGGGUUAUGCAGUUCCUGCUGUCCUCUGUGUUUUUAUUGGCUUCAGACCUCAUGUCACAGAAACUUUGCCCUGGAGGCGCGUUGCUGAUCUCCACCUGAUGAUCUCCAGCGCAGCUAUCUUCAUGUUAGGAUGGAAACUUUACGCGGAGCGAGUGACGCAGAUCUUCCAGCAGGAGGAGGGCAGAGAAUUUUCUGGUCUUACGUUGACGGCUGUUUGGCUUCUUUUGUGUCGUCGCUCUGGAAGAGCUCCGGUCGGGAAGCUGCGCGUCUCCACAGCUGUGGCCAUCACAGUUUUCCCCAUUGUGGCUUGGCUUUACUACCACAUCAAUAAGGAGCUGCGGUCAGACUGGCCGUCUCACUGUAAAACUGCCAUUUAAAGCAGCUCCACCUGCUAUAACAUCCUUUUCUUUGUUUAAUGGAGGAAACCUUUGCCAAAGAAGUACUGAUUUUUGUAGAUCAAUAUAUACAUUAGAGCGGUCAAAUGUUUCAUUUAUUUGUGACACACAAAAAUUAUGUUUAUCUCAAGGUAACUUUUGUCGGAUGUUGUUUUUUUCCAAAAGGUGUAAAUAACAAACCUGUAUACAUCUAUUUUUUCCCAUCUGCACUAUUUUCUUUAUACUCUGGGUAGCAGCAAAGAGCUCCCAGGCUGAAAAGUGAAGACUGAAGAAUAUUAAAUUAAUCGAUCAAUCAAUUAAAAAAAAUAUUCUUUUUGU